AUGGGAACUCGGUUCCAAUCUUUCUUGCUCGUAUUCUUGCUUUCAUGUUUAAUCCUUAUAUCGACAACCUCGUGUGAGAAACAAAAUGAUGGAACAAUUAGAAUUGGAUUGAAGAAGAAGAAAUUUGACCCGGCCAACAGGCUAGCUUCUCAGCUUGUUGUGAAAAACCAAGGUUCUUGGUCGUAUAAAGGUUAUUUUCGCUUGAACGAUGAAAAUGCGGAUACUGUUCCUCUGAAAAACUAUUUGGAUGCUCAAUACUAUGGUGACAUUACCAUUGGUACUCCACCUCAGAAGUUUACUGCAAUCUUUGAUACUGGAAGCUCCAAUCUUUGGGUUCCAUCUACUAAAUGCCACUUAUCGGUUGCCUGUUAUUUUCACUCCAAGUACAAGGCUAGUCAAUCAUCGACAUACAGAAAGAACGGAAAACCCGCGUCAAUCCGGUAUGGGACAGGUGCUAUCUCUGGUUACUUUAGCAAUGAUGAUGUUAAAGUUGGUGAUCUUGUUAUCAAGGAACAGGAAUUCAUAGAGGCUACUAGUGAACCUGGUAUUACAUUCUUGGUAGCAAAGUUUGAUGGUAUCCUCGGGUUGGGAUUCAAAGAGAUUGCUGUUGGAAAUUCAACUCCGGUUUGGUAUAACAUGUUGGCCAAAGGUCUGAUUAAGGACCCGAUUUUUUCGUUCUGGCUUAACCGUAACCCGCAAGAUCAACAAGGUGGUGAGAUUAUUUUUGGAGGAGUCGACCCUAAGCACUUCAAAGGAGAGCAUACUUAUGUUCCCGUUACACAUAAAGGUUACUGGCAAUUCGAUAUGGGUGAUCUCCUCAUUGCUGGCAAACCAACCGGAUAUUGUGCUAAUGGUUGUUCUGCCAUUGCUGAUUCUGGAACUUCUCUACUCACCGGUCCAUCGACUAUCGUCACGAUGAUCAAUCAUGCCAUUGGAGCAGUAGGAAUCGUAAGCCGCGAAUGCAAAACCGUGGUGGAUCAGUAUGGAAAAACCAUGUUGAAUUCCCUUCUAGCUCAGGCGGAUCCGAGGAAGGUAUGCUCACAGAUAGGACUCUGCGGUUUCGAUGGGGAACACAGUGUGAGUAUGGGGAUACAGUCGGUUGUAGAUGAUGGAACAUCGGGUCUUCUAGACGCAGCGAUGUGCAGCGCCUGUGAGAUGGCAGCCGUGUGGAUGCAGAGCGAAUUGACUCAGAACGAAACACAAGAACACAUACUCGCUUACGCUGCUGAGCUUUGUGACCACAUACCAAACAAGAACCAACAAUCAGCAGUGGACUGUGAGAGGAUUUCGUCGAUGCCUAUAGUCACAUUCACGAUCGGUGGCAAAAGCUUUGAUCUCGCCCCUCAAGAUUAUAUAUUCAAGAUUGGUGACGGAGUUCAGGCGCAGUGCACCAGCGGUUUCACAGCCAUGGAUAUCCCACCGCCUCGUGGACCUCUCUGGAUCUUGGGUGAUAUCUUCAUGGGACGAUACCACACUGUGUUUGAUUACGGAAAAACAAGAGUCGGAUUCGCCCAAGCUGCUUAA